GUCAAUUUCAUGCCGCAGCAGGUCGAAGCAGGAGACGAGCCGUCUCGAUGGCAACAGUUGUUUGGCAAGUCACACAAAGCAGGAGGGCAUGAUCCUCCACGGCAUCGUGGAAACCAGGACGACGACGACGACGACAGUCGACCCACAUGGGUCGAUAACUGGGAACGGGAGAAGAUGCUCGUCCAAGCGACGCUCGACCCCGAGGACACGGACGCGAAGUUCUCUGCGUCUGCCGUCACCAAGGAAUGGGAAGCCGGUCGCAGCAUUGCCGCGAGUCACCGUGACGACGACGACGGUGUCGUGGAAGGUGACGCGAAGAAGCGCAUCCAGGCGUGGCUAAACGUCGAAAAUACAGCUCAAACGAUCAAAGGUGCAGUCAAAGCCCAAGCUGCCAUCCGCAACAAUACCCCUCUCCGUCCCGCACCCCGAUCUGCCGACCCGGUGCCAGCGUCAGACCCAGCACGCAACAUGGCAGCGCGACAGGCCCUAGUCCUAGCCAAACGACUUGCCCGGGCUGGCACUCCGUCAUCUUCAUCGAUACACAAACCUCGCUCGUUUAUUCGAAUGCAGAAUCCGUUCAAUAAACCCCCGAAACCCCCGCUUCCCCCUGCCAUCGACACUUUGCAACACAUCAAUGCCAGGCACGCAGUGGUGGACAAAAAGCGACUGGAGCGUAAACUGAAAGCAUCUCCGCCACCGCCACCCCCGCCGACGACAACCAGACGACCCAUCGAUUCGACCCUGCUCCGCAAGCAAACUCACGCGGUCACGUUGCAUUUGGCGCAAGAAACAGAGCGAUUGGCGGCCCUGGAGACCUCGCGGCAGCAGCGGCAUGCGGCGGGUGUCGUGCUGCAAGAUGCGUUCGCCACGUGGUGGAGCGUCGUGCACAUGCACCAAUCGACGAUGGCACAGGCCGCCCGCGCACAUAUGUGGCACCUCCAGCGACGCAUUUGGUCCGCAUGGCGAGUCUACGUCCGCCAAAUCGUGCAUGCGCGAGCUGUAGCGGCAGCGAAAGCGGCGGCGGCGUGGCAGCAUCGUGCGGACCUCGAUGCUACCGUGCAUUAUCGCAAAGCAACCCUCUUUAAAACGUUUGUUCAGUGGAACACCUUCACGAAGCGAAGCAAGGCGGUCAAGCACGCAGCCGCUGGCUUUGUAGCUCGGCAAUCCCGAACGGACAGGCUUCUGACACAAGUGUUGCGUCCAAACAUGAUUGAAGUUGAACUCGAAACUGCCACGACAACGACGAAGUACAGUACAUCCUGCACGUCACCGUCGUUGCCACCACCGUCAACGGUUUCAUUUACGAAAGUACCGCGACGCCCAUGGAAGAGUGCGAAGCGACCGCCACCGCCACCGCGACGGGGAUCUCACAUGGACGUGGCCACCAGUCCUCGAAAAUUGCGUGUACGCGUUCCACGGACGGCUGUAGUCCAGGACGCAUUACCCCCGCGGAUACUGGACAUGCGUGCACGGGAGGCUGAGAGGAAGCUGCGGUGGGAAGCAUUGCAGACAAAGUACAAGGAAGCACAACUAGCGAGGGAAGAAGCGGUACGCGUGGCGGCAGCGCAAGCCCUGGCGGACGUACAGCAGCAAAAAGCAGCUGCGGCGGCACUCAAACUCGAACGAAAACGGGAGAUGGCAAGGGAGGAAGCGGAGAAAGCGCAGCGACGGCAGCUGGCCGUGGAGCAGUGGACGCUCGCCAAGCGACACCACCUUCGAGCCCUCGUCCUGUUCCAAGGGUGGCGGCCGUGGCGUCAUCUUGUGGCCAUGUGCAGGACGAAAGCCAUCAAGGCCAAGCAUUGGCACCACGACACGACCCUCCACCAGCGCUUUGGCGCGUGGGUGGGGUACCGAGACGCGUGUCGUGCUCAAGCACGGGCGAUUCGAACGGCGCGACUGCGCGCGGCGGCAACCUGGCACGACAAGCGAUGGCUGAAUCGAGUGAUGUUCCAGUGGCAGGCCGUGCGGGAGGCCACGCUGCAAAGAGAACUGUCGGUUCGAACAGCGUCUCACAACCACCUCGUCCGGCGCCUAUGGGGUGUCGUCAAGAGCCUGACGGACGCUCGAAAGGCUCAGCUCUGCCGUCUUCAGGUCAAGCGCGAGGCCGACGCCAAGCGACGAGUGCUGCAUGUGUGGUCAUGUCGUGUGGGAGUGUGGAGAAAGGAAGCAGCAGCUAAACGCGAAAAGGACAGGAUGUGGCGCCAGGUGCAAGUGUGGCUAGCCGACGACAACAACUGAACUCACCACAACAUACAUGGCUAAUGACGGCUGCGAGUUCCAAGCACUUAUCCGACGACUUCCCACGUCACGUUAACACUCAACACCAACACUACACCUCCAAUGCACGAACCAACGUUACUGUACAGUAUAUAGCGGACACACACACAUGAUCAACUGAACCGGCGCUUCUGGUUGAACCGCCGCAUUUCGUGUAUUGCCGACCGCAGAGGCGCCUCGCUCGUCGACACCGUCCGGCCCUACCCAUGACAUUUUUAUAUCAUUACCAAGAUCCCAUACUGGUAGCUCAAUUCAACACCCGUACCCGGAUCCAAGGAUGGCCCAAU